GCAUCGAGUGCGCGCACGUUGACACUCUGAGUGACUGAGCGGCUGCAAGGGGUUAGAGUCAGACGGAUCGAGAGCGGGAGAGGGAGACGAUGCAGAUCACGCUGAAGACCCUCCAGCAGCAAACCUUUCGCAUAGACAUCGACUCUGAGCAGACGGUAAAGGCACUCAAAGAGAAAAUUGAAGCAGAGAAGGGAAGUGAUGCUUUCCCAGCUGCUGGGCAAAAGCUAAUAUAUGCAGGUAAAAUCCUCAAUGAUGACACUCAACUAAAAGAUUACAAAAUUGAUGAGAAGAACUUCGUAGUGGUUAUGGUAACAAAGCCUAAAGCUACUGCUGCACCUACACCGUCAACACAACCUGCUCCAGUACCUGCUUCAGUGAGUACCACAGCAGCUGCCUCCACCUCGACGGGAACUUCAGCUUCAACAACUUCAUCUUCCUUUCCAACCUUAAUUGCAGAUUCAAUAUUUCCUUCAAAUCAGGCUUCCACCCCUAACACAGCUCCAACCGCGGCCCCUGCCUCUCCACCAGCUGUAGUUCCAGCAUCUGAUCCCAGUAGUACAGCCGCAGAAGAAAGGCCAAAGGAGGAAGAAACAAAAGAAGAUACCAGUGCUGCUUCUCAAGGACCAAAUCCAAGAUCGGCGGCUGAAGAAAUUGACUUGAAUCUGGUAGAAACUGCAUCUUCUACGUUAGUUACAGGACAAGCUUAUGAAAACCUGGUGGCGGAGAUCAUGUCGAUGGGCUAUGAGCGAGAGCAAGUUCUUGCAGCACUACGAGCAAGCUUUAACAACCCAGACAGAGCUGUGGAGUAUCUUCUGACAGGAAUCCCAGCAGAACCAGAAGUCCCAGAGGAGCCACAACCACGAGUCACAACGCAACCACCCUCACAGCCAUCAACACAGUCUACACCAGCUAGUAAUCCACUGGAAUUUCUGCGAACUCAACCCCAGUUUCAGCAGAUGCGUCAGAUAAUACAACAGAACCCGGCAUUACUGCCGGCCCUUCUCCAGCAACUCGGUAGAGACAACCCAACACUCCUACAGCAAAUAACUCAACACCAGGAGCAGUUUGUUCAAAUGCUGAACGAUCCUUUAGGAGAGGCUGGAAGUGAAGGAGCAGAAGGUCAUGGUUCACCGCACACUAACUACAUCCAGGUUACGCCCCAGGAGAAAGAAGCAAUAGAGAGGUUAAAGGCACUGGGUUUCCCCGAGGGACUUGUCAUUCAGGCCUACUUCGCCUGUGAGAAGAACGAAAAUCUUGCCGCAAACUUCCUUCUCCAGCAGAACUUCGAUGAUGAAUGAUUUUUCUUUCCCCCCUUUCUUUCUUCCCUCCUUCCCUUCCUGCCCAAACCAUCCCACUCCUACCCCCCCCCCCAUUCUUUUUAACAAAACUUGGUUCACUUUCUAUGUAAUUGGAUGGUCUUUGGAAAGGCUAGGUAAAGUAUGGGUUACCUGGCUGUAUCAAUAUUGUGAAGUGCAGCACUGGAAAGCACAUAUUUAAACAAUCAAACGCCAUAUCCCAUUGGUCAGUCUAGAAAAGGUGACAUUUGACAACUUGUGAUGACUAGCCGGCGGUUGGGAGGAUAUUGGUGAUGUGUGGGAGAUGAGCCUGUAUUCACAAAAGUUUAUGCAGUGUGCACCAAAAAUUUUCUAGUCCCAGAUCUUGGAGCAAACAAUUGUGCAUUUGUGCCUUUUAUGAAUAUGGGCCUGGACAUUGUGGGGAGGCGGGGGGAAGAGACCGAAGGUCAAAGUGCUUCUGCAGCAUAAUGUUUCAGACUUGCCUACAAUCAGUAUUUUCAGUAGUUUUUGUUUCUGUUUCUGGUGGGGUGAAAGAGGGGCUGGUGGAAAGAAAUGUACAAUCAUUUGAAUAGUAAUAGCAGAUAUGAGAUUGCCAUUCUGGAAUGAAGCUGGCAUCUGAUGUAAUGUCCAAGAAGAUAUUGCUUGAUUUCUCUGCUGACUACUGGAAAUGCGACCAUAGCCGUAGUCCGGCAGCAAAAUAUAUUAUUUUAAAUAAAAACUUAAGUUCCCGUGUUGAAAACUGCUGUAUUAAAAAAAAUGCCGCUGUCUUGCAUUGCUCUUUAGGAAGUGUAUUGCGAUCUGUAUCUUUUAUUUUAAAAAAAUCUAAAGCACGGUAUUAAACUACAGCUUGCAAUCACUGCAGGAAUCUUUAGCUUGUCUGAGUUAAUAGCAGCAGUUUAAGUUUGUUAGAAUUGACCUCGCCCUCUUACUGCACGUAGCUGUUUCUUAAUAUUAUACUACCUUUGCACAAAUAUUCUUAAUAGUGCUAACUGGCCCAGUUUAGAGAGCCAAACGGAUCAUAUGGGCUUUGACAAAUAAAAGGCAGGGGGCAUGAAAAGAUGUUCAGAAAGUGAGCCUACAUGAUAAUGAUGCAUCCCACGACUAUUCACUUUCAGCAGUUAGAUUUGUGUGGGUAGAUCCGGUGGGAGAAAGAGAGGCUGGCUUUCCCCAAGAUGGUUGUGGGAAAUGAAUCUGUACUUGCCGCAGAUACAGGAGUUGAGUAUCAUUUUAACAUGCAUGGAAAUGUUGAAUAGCUAUUUUCAAGAUGAGCUGAAGGAUCUUUAAAUCACAAUUAAGUUUAAUUUCUGAAUGGAGAAGGAUGGAUUGGCCUUAUUUCAGUUCAGGGGUGACCUUUUUCAUGUAUUUAUUUCUAAGGUCCCUGUGGCUUAUGCAUGAUAUGUGCUUACUUACCCUUACCCUGGUCUAAGAUCAGAGGAACCAAAAUGCAGUCACCAAGAAAUGAAAUAGAAACAAGAAAUCUUUUCAUUGUAUAAUUUACAGUUUCAGUAAAAGAUAAGCUUUGAGGUGCUUCAUAAGGGAAGUCAAUUUGGAUUUCUGUUUCUCUCUCCAUUAACUCUGCUAAAAACUAUCCUGAGUAGUCACCAUUGUUAUCCCAUUUCCACCCCAUGUACAGGUUUCCCACCAAACUUAGAAGCUGAAUGUUAACAAUGAGAAUUUGAAAAAAUUGGUGCAGAAUUUCAUGAGGCACUGUUAAAUUUGGUUUCCUUCAAAUAAUGGCAAAAUUUGUCUGAGGUGCAGGUAAAAAUACUGUUCUAUCUUACCUGGUGGAUAGGCAAGUUUUUGUUUCCCUCACCAUCUCACUGCAGUCAUUUGACUUGUGCCUCAGGAAUUCAUAAGUGAAAUAAAGAAUAUUUUCAGCACUGA